AUGAGGAAUGAAGCACUAUCCCAAACAUCAAUGUGGAGCACUUAUCCAAGACUGGUUCUGAUCAGAACUUACUACUGGUCAACUGUUCUGAUGAUAACCAACAGAGACAGUAUCGGAGAUGUGUUUGAGAAUGUCAAGAAAUUUGAGAAGGAAGUUACAGAUGCUAAAACUGCAUAUUUAGCUUCUGAUGCUGAUACCGAUAGAAUAUUGCUCAAUAAGUCCAAGCCUGAGUAUAUCAAAUGGUUGAAAAUAGAGGAUUCCAUCUUAAGACAGAAGGCUAGGAUAAAAUGGGCUGAAGAGGGUGACUCCAAUACAAAGUACUUUCACAGUACUAUCAAGGCUAGGAGAAGAAGAGCCCAAAUCUACAAAAUAAAAGAUCAACAUGGUCAAUGGGUUGAAGGAAAUGCCAACAUCUCCAAAGCAUCCAUUGAUCACUUCAGUAACAUAUUAACUGAGAAUCCAAGGGAUCUGAACUUGGACUUUAUAAGAGGUUGCAACAAUUUGAUCAGUGCUGAGGAUAACUAUCACUUGAUUAAAACACCUAUAACAGAGGGGAUCAAGAUGGAUAUAGACUCUAUGGAUCCUAACAGUUGUGCAAGACUAGAUGGCUUUAAUGGUCUUUUUUUUUCAACAAUACUGGGAUAUCAUCAAAAGAGAGGUAGUAUCUUUUGUGCUUUCCUUCUUUCAUGGAUUAACAAUAUUUUGCCUAAGAUCAUUUCUGAAAAUCAAUCUAGUUUUGUCAAGGGUAGGCAGAUUACUGAGAAUAUUCUCUUAACACAAGAGAUCAUUCAUGGAAUUAGACCCGAUCCUGACAGUUGUAAUGCUUCUUUAAAUUAG